AUGCCCAACCCACGGAAUGUGUCCUCAGAGGGCCUGAGUACCCACGGGGUCGUGGGCAUUGUGGUGCCCGUGGUCUUCGCCCUCAUCUUCCUCCUGGGCAUGGCUGGCAACAGGCUGGUGCUGGCCGGGCUGCUGAGACCUGGGCAGUCCAAGGACAGCCCCACUGACCUGUUCAUCCUCAACCUGGCCGUGGCUGACCUGUGCUUCCUCAUGUGCUGCAUGCCUUUCCAAGCUGUCAUCUACACCCUGGACAGCUGGCCUUUUGGGACCUUUGUCUGCAAGGCCGUGCACCUCCUCAUCUAUCUCACCGUGUACACCAGUAGUUUCACAUUGGCCGCUGUCUCCAUGGACAGGUACCUGGCUAUCCACCAUCCUCUGCGCUCUCGGUCCCUCCAAACAGCCCAGAAUGCCUGGGCUACCAUUGACCUGAUCUGGCUCCUGGCCCUCCUCUUUUCCGGACUUUACUUCAGCUAUUACUGGACAGUACAGUACGGGCGGCUGGUGCUGUGUGUGCCGGGCUGGGAGGACGAGAGUUGCUGGGCCCUGGACCUGGUCACCUUUGCUGUGGGAUACCUGCUGCCCGUGGCCGUGGUCACAGCCUGCUUCCUCUGGGCGGCCGUGGACCCCAGGAGCCCAGCCUUGGAGGCAAGCUGCCAGUCCAAAGCUCGGGCCGGCCGAGCCAUGUUGGCGGUGGCCGCCCUCUUUGGCCUCUGCUGGCUGCCCCACCACGUGGUCAUCCUGUAUUUCUGGUUUGGCCACUUCUCUUUCAACUGGGCCACCUACACCUGUCGCCUGGCAUCCCACUGCCUCUCUUAUGCCAACUCCUGCCUCAACCCCCUCGUCUAUGCCUUGGCCUCUAAGCACUUUCUGAAGCGUUUCUGCCACCUCUGCCCUUCCUGCUGCCACAGCCACCACCACCAAUGCCUCCAGGCCCAAGGAUCUGAUCCCCACAAGGGGGCCAGGGCCCACCGUCGGGUCCAUGCAGCACCUCAGGCUGGCUCCCCCCACCCCAGGAGGGAAACAUGCUCAGGGAUGCCCCAGCCCCAGAAGGAGGGGCCCUAA